AUGAGUGUCAUGUCCUUCCAUGGUGCUAAGCCUCUUCUCCAGCAUGCGGUAUCUUUUGGUGUCCUCAAGAUUUUUGGAUUCUUUAGUAUUCAUGUUCAGGUUUUCCCCUUGAGGUUUUGGCAUAGGGGAUGCAAAUUGAUGAUACUCAAUAGAUUCAUGGGAUGGAGUAUACCCGUCUCGGAAAAUGGUGUGUUCUUGCACAUCAAGGUUCUCCAUUGUAGCUUUUAUAAGCCAGGGUCGAGCCUGGGUGUUUUCUUAAGGAAUCACCUUGUUGGACUAGGGUUGGAAGUUUUCUGUACAGCGAUGGGGAGGACGGUGGCAUUUGGAAGACGAAGGUUUGAUAGAGGCGCGGUGAAGAUGGUCGCGGCGGCUAGCGGACGAGGGCGUCGAUCUGAGAGUUUCAAGCCUUUUCAGUUCUUCCUUCUAUCAUGA